AUGAUGUCUUCUACAACCUUCUCUAUUCUGGCUUUGGCCGUCAUCGGCGUCGUUUUGGCUCGACCACAAUUUCCAGGUGGACCACCACCAGGCAUGAGUGCCGUCCCACCACCAAUCGCCGCCGUUCUCCCGCCAGAGACCCUCUCUCGUCUCGAAGCAAUUCAUGCUGAUUCCUCCCUCUCGGAGCUCGAGAAGCACAAGGCCAUUGACGAGAUCAUGGUGAAUCUCCCAGAAGAAGUCCAUGAUCGUAUCCCACCACCACCAGGAUUUGCUCAACUUCCAGCUGAAGUUCAGGCUCAAUUGAAAUCAAUUCACAGAGAUAAGAGCUUGGACUUCCAACAAAGACAAUCUGCUAUCCGUGGUGUCUUGGAUAACUUGGCUCCGGAAUACAAGAGACUCCUCCCGCCACUUCCAUUCCCACAACAUCCCCAAUAG